ACGUCCAAUAACAACUGCACAGGAAACGAGCUGAACCUAGCAACGCAGUGGCCUUUGUUUGUUUAUAGUUUGAAUUAGUUGAAUCUAGUCUUCUACACAGACCUCAUUAAUAUUUAUACUAUUUCGUAAUUAUGGUGCGCAUUACCGAGGAGCUGGUGCGCAAAAAGUCGGAGCAUAAUGAGCGACUAAUUAGCACGCUGGAGGAGCUGUCGCUGCACCAAGAGGAUAUCGAAUGCAUUGAGCACAUACAGAACUGGUGUCGCGAUCUUAAGAUACUGCUGCUGCAGUCUAAUCUCAUAGCACGGCUAGAGAAUCUGUUCAAGCUGAAGCGUCUCGAGUAUCUCAAUGUGGCAGUUAACAAUAUUGAGCGCAUCGAAAACUUGGAAAGUCUCGAGUCGCUCAACAAGCUCGACCUGACGCUUAACUUCAUUGGCGAGCUGACCAGCGUGGAGUCGCUAAUUGGCAAUUACAAUUUACGCGAACUAAUUCUGAUUGGUAAUCCGUGUGCCGACUAUCCCCACUAUCGUGAGUAUGUGGUGGGCACCUUGCUGCAGCUGCAGAGCCUCGACUGCAAGGAGAUAUUGCCCACAGAGCGCCUGCAAGCGCAGCGUCUCGUGCAACAGCAUCGAGCUGUUAUCGUUCAGUGCCAGCUGGCACAGGCCAUAGAACGGGAUGAGCAACGGAUACGCGUGGCCGAGCAGCAGAACGAAUUGACUAAACAGUGCGCCGACAUAGAGGACGAGGAAGAGCGUAGACGCAUCUUCUGGAACACCAAGAGUGAGCACUGCCCGGAGGUACGCACCGAGAUAGCACGUCAGCACAAGCUUGGCCGCGAAAAGCACGAACCGUCACCAAAUCCAUUGACAACAAAUAUGAAGCGAACGCCACAUCUGUUUGCGCCCUGCGGACGACCCUACAACAUCAACCAGGCCAAAUUGCCGUUCAACUUCCAGGAUGAGGCCGAUCACUAUAGUCUGCUAUUGGAAGUCUACAAGCAUCUGGACACAUCUCUGAUUGAUGUGGACGUACAGACAAACUAUGUGCGUGUCACGGUCAAGGGGAAGAUCUUUCAAAUGGCCUACAGCGAGGAGGUCAAGCCGGAUGACUCCGUUGUGCAGCGUUCCCAAAUCACUGGGCAUCUGCAGAUCCUGCUCAAAAAGCUAAAGCCCAACGAGUUGCUCGCCGUCAAGUCCAUGCAUGCGCCGAAGAAAAGUGCUCCUGCUGCAAAGGAACCGUGCGGUACAGUCGAUAUUGGCAAUAUUUGCGCUCCGCCCGAUUUGCCCGACUUGAUCUAGAUGACGAGGCGAGACACAAGGCCUUAUUUUUUUUUUAUUUAAAAAUUGUUUAUUUAAAUAUUUUUUUUUUGUUUGUUUGUUUGGGGUUUUCUGUUUCGUUGCUGCGCCUCUCAUAUUCCUGCUGCCUUCUAGUGUUAUAACUCUGCGCUGACCCAGCAUAGUACCAGAUGUCUAUAUAUACAUAUAUACAUAUACAAAUGUAUAUAUACAUAUAUAUAUAUAUGCUUGCUUAUAUUGUAUAUGUAGUUACAAUUCAUGAUGUACAUUCGUGUCAGUGUCUGUGUGUAUGUGUGUGUGUGUGAGGUGGAUUUAAAAAAGAUGAUGCAAACGCAUACUAAAAAUUUAAAUUAUUGCUUUACGUUCACUAAGUUUGCUUUUUGUGAUCUAAAUGGGAAUAAUGAUGCUAAGUUAUAGAAACCGUUUGCCAAAAAAUCCUCACUACGCUGGUAUAUAUAAAUAUAUUUAUAU